CUACAUCUCCCGUGAUGCUUUUCGGCCAAACAGUAAUGGUUCCGCACAUCACCCGUCGCCACUGAUGAUUUGGGAAGAAUGUGUUCAAGCAAAGUGUUUGCAACUAUGCAUGGAUUUAUCUUCCUCGCCAUUUUUUUCAAAACUUCUGCGACGACUUCAAACUCAAAAGGGUUACACUCUUCCCACAGUGCCUACGAAAACUAUGCCAUGCACAUAUGGCACAACCGGUUCUAUGUGUACGCAGCCUUUGCGCUUGCCUUGACGCUCUGGGUUUCAUUCAAGAUGAUCCUGAAAAAGAAAAGCUUAUCAAAGGACGUCAGCUCCUGGGUCCAGGAAACUAUGAAGAAUGCAGAGUGCUGUGAUAAACGUGCUGAAGUUCAUGUGUCAGGAGUGAAAAUCUUCUUUGGCUCACAGACUGGUACAGCUAAAGGUUUUGCAAAGCAGCUGUCGGCAGACGUGAGGAGUUUGGACCUCGCGACAGAGGUGAUUGACAUGAAGGACUAUGAUCCAGAUGAUCGGCUGGCUGACGAGUGCAACAGCAACUGUGUGUCUGUGUUCCUGGUGUCCACCUACACUGACGGGCAGCCCACUGACAACGCCGAGUGGUUCUGCAAGUGGCUUGAGGAAGCGUCUACCGACUUCCGCUAUGGGAGGACAUACCUGAAGGGCCUGCGCUACGCCGUCUUUGGCCUGGGCAACUCCCUUUAUGCCGCCCACUACAACACAGUGGGCAAAAAUGUGGACAAAUGGCUGUGGAUGCUGAGUGCCUCUCGGAUCUUAACCCGCGGCGAAGGCGACUGCAACGUGGCGAAAAGCAUCAAUGGCAGCAUUCAGGCUGACUUCCUGGCCUGGAAGGUCAAGUUCCUCAAACGUCUGCGGGAUCUUUGUCAGGACGACGACAACUGUUGCAGGAAACGCAAGGAGGGCACAUCCUGCAUCCAAACGGUUGGACAAGAAGUAGAAGAAGGGAAGAACACCGCUCUGGAUAAUAACAAUUCUGAGGAGGAACUGGUGGAGUCGAGCAGUGACGAAGACGUCUCGUCAACCUCCCCCUCUGUGUUGGACGUGGAAGAUCUGGGCAGCCUGAUGAGCAGCGUCAAGCAGAUUCCUUCAGAUGGUGGGCAGGUAGCCAAGCGCUCCAGGAAGGUGGCGAGGAAGAACCAAGAGGGGAAAGAAGAGCGACGGGAGAUGAUAACGCCCGCCUUGAGAGAAGCUCUGAGCAGACAAGGGUACAAGCUGAUUGGAAGUCACUCAGGUGUGAAGUUGUGCCGUUGGACUAAGUCCAUGCUGCGGGGCCGAGGCGGCUGCUACAAGCACACCUUUUACGGCAUCCAGUCCCACCGCUGCAUGGAGACCACACCGAGCCUGGCCUGCGCCAACAAGUGCGUCUUUUGCUGGAGGCACCACACCAAUCCGGUGGGCACCGAGUGGCGUUGGAAGAUGGACCCCGCUGAGAAGAUCCUGGAGGACGCACUGGAGAAACAUCAGAACAUGAUCCGCCAAUUUCGAGGCGUCCCCGGCGUGAAGUCAGAUCGUUACGAGGAGGGUCUGACGGCGCAACACUGCGCUUUGUCCCUGGUGGGCGAGCCCAUCAUGUACCCUGAAAUCAACCGCUUCGUGCGCCUCCUCCAUUCCCGACGCAUUUCCAGCUUCCUGGUCACCAAUGCUCAGUUCCCUGAAGAAAUCAGGACGCUGGAGCCAGUCACUCAGCUGUACGUUAGUGUGGAUGCCAGCACCAAGGAGAGCCUAAAGAAGAUCGACAGGCCACUCUUUAAGGACUUCUGGACACGAUUCCUGGACAGCCUCAAGGCCCUGGCUGAGAAGAGGCAGAGGACAGUGUAUCGGUUAACGCUGGUCAAAGCUUGGAACGUGGAGGAGAUAACUGCUUACUCAGAGCUUGUCGCAUUAGGCCAGCCCGACUUUAUCGAGGUCAAGGGUGUGACGUACUGUGGUGAGAGUUCAGCCAGCAGUCUGACCAUGGCCAACAUCCCAUGGCACCAGGAAGUGGUUGUGUUUGUGCAGCAGCUAGUGAACAUGCUGACUGACUACGAAAUCGCAUGCGAACACGAGCACUCCAACUGUCUUCUUAUUGCCCACAAGAAGUUUAAGGUGGAUGGCAAGUGGCAUACGUGGAUCGACUAUGAUCGUUUCCAGGAGCUGGCCAGGGUUCACCAGGAGAGCGGCGGCAAAAAGGUUUUCUCCUCGUCGGAUUACACAGCGCAGACCCCCGACUGGGCGCUGUUUGGAGCCAGUGAGCAGGGCUUCGACCCGGCCGAAACACGCUUUCAGAGACGCAACAAAGGCAAAGAUCUUUCUGGAUGCUGAUUGCACCACUUCGAUGAGGACUUUUAAUUGGGUUUUAUUUUCAAUACAUCCCUUCCUCAUUAUUGGGUUUUUCUUUCUCUCUCUCUCUCUCUCUCUCUCUCUCUCUCUAUCUCUCUCUCUCUCUCUCUCUCUCUCUCUCUCUCUCUCUCUCUCUCUCUCUCUUCCCCCUUUUUUAAAAUAAGUUUGCUUAAUGAACUGACAUAAUUAAAUCUGAUGCGUGUCUCACGCUGGUUGAUUAAAUUAAAUGGAUCUUCUCUGCAGCUUAAUUAGAGGCCCGUUACAUAGCAGAAUUGUCAAACCAAAGGCACACGGGCCAGAUCUCACUCUCUACAGCGUGCUAAAUGACUUUUCCUCACAUUUUGCAAAUGUUACAAGCUUUUUCCCCACUCAAUCCCUUCUUAACAUAAAUUGGGCAAAAUCUGCUUUUAUCCCACAUACAGAUUAACUUCACUUUUCUGACAUUUUACAAAUUUACCUUUUCUAGAACAUCCAUUAUUUGGUGAAAAAAAGAAAAGGUUGACCUGACAUGAGGAUAUUCAUUGAGAGAAAAUUAGUUUUUGGCCACCAUAUUGUUGGAUCUUGGUGCUUCAUUUAGAUCAAACUUGUGCCUCACAGUUUGGUACCAUCUUGUAGCAUCUUGGUGCCAUGGUGCUGUGUUGAAUUCAAUUGGGGAGGUUCAUUUAGACAAAAGUAGUGCUUUGUUGUUUGCUAUUAUCUUGUGGCAUCUUAGCUUCAAGGAUUUAUGUUGAAGUCAGUUCUAGAGGUUCAUUUAGACAUGAGCAGUGCUUUGCUGCUACCUGGUAGCAUCUUGGUGCCUAUGCACUAUGUUGAAGUCAGUUGAGGAGGUUCAUUUGGUCAAAUUAGUUCUUUGCCACCAUCUUGUGGCAUCCACGGGCUUUUCUAAAUCUUUUUAGCUGGGUUGUGAGUUUGUCGUGGAUUUUUGUCAUUCACGGCAGGGCUCGGUACCUACCCUCCGCCUACAGUAGGGGAAUACUAGUCGCCACUCACAAACACACACUAAACCCAUUCAUGUCGUGCUUUGCCACCUUUUGUGGCAUCUUUCAGCAAUUUAAAACUUUUGGAGACACUGAUUUAAAAUUUAUUGUGUUGUUAAAUAUGUAACAAUUCAAUAAGAAUUGCCUAUACAUAAUAUGAUAGGUGACAUGAUUUUCACCGUUUGGGUAUUUUAUAAGAACUCGUUAGAUUAGGCUACUGCUAAAUUCCCUUAGUUUUAAAGCUUAGAGAUACUGUAUAGAAACAUGAAAAACUGCUACUGUAUGAAAAGUAAGCACAUAAUUUUGAUUAUUAUUGCUUGUUUUUCUAUUUUAAUGAUGGCCAUGUAUGUGCAUGUGGUUACAUUCUAUGUCAUCUGUUUGCCGCAGAGAUCUUUUGUAUGUUUGCAACAUUUUGUUAAUGUUUUCUUGAAACAAUAAAAUACAGUUAUGGCUUUUCUAAA